AUGUAUCAUGGACCCAUGUAUCAUGGACCCAUGUAUCAUGGACCCGUGAAUCAUGGACCCGUGUAUCAUGGACCCAUGUAUCAUGGACUCAUGUAUCAUGGACCCGUGUAUCAUGGAUCCAUGUAUCACGGACCCAUGUAUCAUAGACCCAUGCAUCAUGGACCCGUGUAUCAUGGACCCAUGUAUCAUAGACCCAUGUAUCAUGGACCCGUGAAUCAUGGACCCGUGUAUCAUGGACCCAUGUAUCAUGGACUCAUGUAUCAUGGACCCGUGUAUCAUGGAUCCAUGUAUCACGGACCCAUGUAUCAUAGACCCAUGUAUCAUGGACCCGUGUAUCAUGGACCCAUGUAUCAUAGACCCAUGUAUCAUGGACCCGUGAAUCAUGGACCCGUGUAUCAUGGACCCAUGUAUCAUGGACUCAUGUAUCAUGGACCCGUGUAUCAUGGACCCAUGUAUCAUGGACCCGUAUAUCAUAGACCUGUGUAUCAUGGACCUAUGUAUCAUAGACCCGUGUAUCAUGGACCCAUAUGUAUCAUAGACCCGUGUAUCAUGGACCCGUGUAUCAUGGACCCAUGUAUCAUGGACCCCUGUAUCAUGAACCCAUAUAUAUCAUGGACCCCUGUAUCAUGGACUCAUGUAUCAUUGACCGUGUAUCAUGGACCCAUGUAUCAUGGACUCGUGUAUCAUGGACCCGUGUAUCAUGGACUCAUGUAUCAUGGACCCGUAUAUCAUAGACCUGUGUAUCAUGGACCCGUGUAUCGUGGAACUAUCUAUCAUGGACCCGUGUAUCAUGGACCCGUGUAUCAUGGACCCGUGUAUCAUGGACCCGUGUAUCGUGGACCCAUGUUUCGUGGACCCAUGUAUCAUGGACCCGUGUAUCUGUAUCAUGAACCCAUGUAUCAUGGACCAAUGUAUCAUGGACCCGUGUAUCAUGGAUCCAUGUAUCAUGGACCGUGUAUCAUAGACCCAUGUAUCAUGGACCCAUGUAUCAUGGACCCGUGUAUCAUGGGCCCAUGUAUCAUGGACCCGUGUAUCAUGGACCCAUGUAUCAUGGACCCAUGUAUCAUUGACCCGUAUAUCAUGGACAAAUGUAUCAUGAACCCAUGUAUCACGGACUCGUGUAUCAUGGACUCAUGUAUCAUGGACCCGUGUAUCAUGGACCCAUGUAUCAUAGACCCGAGUAUCAUGGACCCGUGUAUCAUAGACCAAUGUAUCAUGGACCCGUGUAUCUUAGACCCAUGUAUCAUGGACCCAUGUAUCAUGGAUUCAUGUAUCAUGGGCCCGUGUAUCAUGGACCCAUGUAUCAUGUACCCGUGUGUCAUGGACCCAGGUAUCAUGAACCCGUGUAUCAUAGACCUGUGUAUCAUGGACCCGUGUAUCGUGGAACUAUCUAUCAUGGACCCGUGUAUCAUGGACCCGUGUAUCAUGGACCCGUGUAUCAUAGACCUGUGUAUCGUGGACCCAUGUUUCGUGGACCCAUGUAUCAUGAACCCGUGUAUCAUGGACCAGUGUAUCAUGGAGCCAUGUAUCAUGGACCCAUGUAUCAUGGACCCAUGUAUCAUGGACCCGUGUAUCAUGGACCCGUGUAUCAUGGACCCGUGUAUCAUAGACCUGUGUAUCGUGGACCCAUGUUUCGUGGACCCAUGUAUCAUGAACCCGUGUAUCAUGGACCAGUGUAUCAUGGACCCAAGUAUCAUGGACCGUGUAUCAUGGAGCCAUGUAUCAUGGACCCGUGUAUCAUGGACUCAUGUAUCAUGGACCCAUGUAUCAUGGACCCGUGUAUCAUGGACCCGUGUGUCAUGGACCCGUGUAUCAUAG